GGAGAGCGCGAGCGAUGAGGGGGCGGGGCGAGUGCGCGUGACGCCAAGGGGGCGGGGCUUUGCUGCCCCCCCCCGCCGUGAGGUGGGGCGACGAACCCAUCCCGGAGCUCUGAGGGAGAGCAGGGAGAGGGAGGCCGGCCUGGCUCGGGAGUCGCCGCCGCCGCUGCCUUCGCCGUCAUGUUUUCCCUCAAGCCCCCCAAGGCCACCUUCAAGUCGUACCUCUUGCCUCAGACUGAAGAAAAGAUAACACCAGAGCCCAGGCUUAAGAAACUGGAGCCAGUUCUUUUGCCAGGUGAAAUUGUGGUGAAUGAAGUGAAUUUUGUGAGGAAAUGCAUUGCAACAGAUACAAGCCAAUAUGAUUUGUGGGGGAAGCUGGUUUGCAGCAACUUCAAGAUAUCCUUCAUUACAGAUGAUCCUAUGCCACUUCAGAAAUUCCAUUACAGGAACCUUCUCCUGGGCGAACAUGAUGUUGCUCUAACAUGCAUUGAGCAAAUAGUCACAGUGAAUGACACAAAGAGGAAACAGAAAGUUCUGGGCCCCAACCAAAAGCUUAAAUUUAAUCCCACAGAGUUAAUAAUUUACUGCAAAGACUUCCGUAUUGUCAGAUUUCGUUUUGAUGAAGCAGGACCAGAAAGUGCAAAAAAGGUGUGUCUUGCAAUAGCUCAUUAUUCCCAGCCAGCAGAUCUUCAGCUCCUGUUUGCAUUUGAAUACGUGGGCAAGAAAUACCACAAUCCAGUGAAAAAAGUGAAUGGAAUAGAUCCUGGAGGUGGUGGCAGCAGCAGUGGCCAGCAGACUCCCUUGUUUGAGACCUACUCUGACUGGGAUAGGGAGAUCAAGAGGACAGGGGCCUCGGAAUGGCGUGUGUGCUCAGUGAACGAAGGCUACAUGAUAUCGACUUGUCUUCCAGAAUAUUUUGUGGUGCCAUCAUCUUUGGCAGAUCAAGAUCUCAAGCUCUACUCCUAUUCCUUCACCGGACGACGGAUGCCAAUGUGGUGCUGGAAUCAUGCCAAUGGGAGCGCGCUGGUGAGAAUGGCCAACAUUAAGGAUCAAUUGCAGCAGCGGAAAAUUGACCAACGGAUUUGCAACGCUGUCACUAGAAGCCAUCCACAGAGAAGUGAUGUUUACAAAUCUGGUUUGGACAAGAGUCUGCCAAAUAUCCAAGAAAUCCAGGCUGCCUUUCUCAAACUCAAACAACUAUGUGUGAAUGAACCUUUUGAAGAAACAGAGGAGAAAUGGUUGUCCUUGCUGGAUAAUUCACGCUGGCUAGAGUGUGUGAGACUCUUCCUGAAGCAUUCUGCAGAGCUUGUGUACAUGUUGGACAAUAAGCAUGUUUCAGUAAUUUUACAAGAGGAAGAAGGACGGGACCUGAGCUGCUGUGUGGCUUCCCUUGUUCAAGUGAUGCUGGAUCCCUAUUUUCGGACCAUCGCUGGUUUUCAGAGCCUGAUUCAGAAGGAGUGGGUCAUGGCAGGAUACCCGUUUCUAGAUAGGUGUAACCACCUGAAGAAGUCUGACAAAGAGUCUCCCUUAUUCUUGAUGUUCCUGGACUGUGUUUGGCAACUGCUAGAGCAAUGCCCUUCAGCCUUUGAAUUUUCCGAAGCUUACUUGACGAUACUAUAUGACAGCACACGGAUCUCACUGUUUGGCACCUUCCUCUUCAACUCUCCUCAUCAGAGAGUAAAGCAAAGCACGGAAUUUGCCAUAAGCAAAAACAUCCAGCUAGGUGGUGAGAAAGGUCUCAGAUUUCCUUCUGUUUGGGAUUGGUCUCUUCAGCACACUGUGAGGGAUCGCAUGCUGUUCCACAACCCCUUGUACAUUGGGAAGACUGCACCAUGCGCUCACAAUGGGGCUGUCAAAUUCUUUAAGCGAACAAAGAAGAACUACAGCUCAACACUCAGAGGCUUCCCACCAUCCAUGAAGAAUGGGAUCAUCAGCGAGCAAGACUUUCUUCCAAGAAGAAAUUCCCUAAUACUAAAACUGACUCCAGAUUUCCUUCACCACACGGACAACAACUCCAAUGGCAAGGAGCAAUAUUUCAGAGAGUGGUUUUCCAAGCCAGUUGACCUGCACGGUGUAAUCUUACCCUGUCUCUCCGGAACACAAAUCAAACUCUGGAAACUCUGCUACUUCCGCUGGGUCCCUGAGGCCCAGAUCAACUGUGGUGGCUUCAUUACUGCCUUUCAUAAAAUCUCUUUGUUGGCAGAUGAAGUCGAUGUGCUGAACCGGAGUCUGCGACAAUACAACAGCAGCCCACCUUUGCUAGCUAACACUUCAGAACUGGAUCACAGCCGUAUGUACUUUAGAGCAAAUGGGCUCAAUGAUUCUUCUGCAACCCCAGAAUUCCUCUCUUCUUCUUUCCCAUUUUCUCCUGUAGGGAAUCUUUGCCGGCGGAGUAUUUUGGGAACACCACUGAGCAAAUUCUUAAGUGGUGCCAAAAUCUGGUUGUCUACAGAGACACUUGCCAAUGAAGACUAAAGCCUCCCAGCCGAGAAAGGCGUAAGGGAGGAGAGGCUAACGUGGCGUCUUUAUGCAACACUGCUGCUACCUGCAGCACCGGAAACUGUCAGAACUUUAUAUACAAAAGUUCCCUAUGUCUUUGCACAAAUAGUUUAAAAGCAAGUGUCAUGCUUUCAGAUUGCACAACUGUUUUUGGUUUUGGUUUCCUUCAGCGGCCCAGUAGCUAAAGCAGAUGCCGUUUGAGGUUGAGUUUCCCCACCCCCACUCCAAGGUCUGUCACGGUGAGUAAUUGUGUGUUGGUUAUCUCGAAGCUCCUCUCCCCUGUUGCUGGUUGAAGUACAUCUCUUGUCAGUGUGGAUUAAUUAAUAGAUGAAAACAGACAUCAUAGGGGAAAAAUAGAAGUUGCUGUGUGGGAUUUGAUUGCUGUUACUGGUGCAAAUACGAGAGCAAUUAUAUUUUGUCAUGUUUCAAAUUCAUGCUGAGGGUAGGCACUUUAAAAUCCUGUUUGUUUCAAUUAUACUUUAUAAAAGCAUCUCUCCCACUGAAAUAAAUUGGAUUUAAAAGUGUUUUAUCUUGAUUAGCCUAGCUUAUGAAACCAUGGCAUGAUCUGGUUUAGUCCCCAAGCCUGUUUUUUUCUCCUCACUUUUAGUUUACAAAAUUUGCCUACAGGACAGUGUGUGCUGAUGGAACUGCCCCAGUCUCUUAACUGGGCUUUGAAAUCCAAGAGCAAGCUACAAGAGGUUACAUUCUCUCAUGCUUUUACUUAUGGUGUUAAGGUGUACAUUGGCACCAAUGUUAACUUGGUCUAAAGGAUUCCCCUUCACCCAGGAUCCACAGAUCUGGUUUCAAAAUAGAUUUUGAAAUAGGUCAAAAGGAGUCCUAGCUAGCAUUAACCAUGGAAGGGAGAUUUAACUGCCAAGGCUGCCUCCAGCUGUCAUUACCAUAGAUUGGUGCCAUUGCAGCUGCACAAGCCCAAAAUGCUAACGAUAGUUGAUUAUAGCCUUACAAGUGCCUUUUCUUGCUUUCUGAGUGAGAUUUCGCUCUCUCCAUCACGGAAUUCUAUUACUGUAAUUUGGUAAGCUAAUGGGCUGCCCAUUAGUAUAACCCAUUUUCAAAGUCUCAUUCAUUCCACAAUUUAUGGAAAAGUCCAAAAGCCAUUAUCCUUUGACCAUGUGAUCAGGAAAAGAAAUCUUAAUGACAGUACUCUGAAGUAUAUAUGUAAUUGGAUGGCACAGAAUAUUAGGUGAAAAUCUUAGGCCAAAAUUAAGAUUGCUCUAAAAGAAAAUGUUCAUACAGCUAUUUAACUUUUUUUUUUAAGUUCAAUGGAUGCUAAUUCUUUGAUGGCCAAAACAAAACAUUAUGCAGGAUCUGUGGGAUAAUGGUGCAGGAAAUUUUUAACUAGAAGACCUUGAUACAAUAUUGCUGCUGCUGUUUUAUUCCCGUGCCAGGAACACCCAGUGUUACAUGAGUACCACACUGCUUCACGUCACACAUGUGGUCACGGCAGAUGUAUAAAGAUGGACUAAGAUGCACAUUCAGAAGUGGGCAGCUAGUUUCUUCAGUAUAAGACAGCAGUCAGUUUUUUGUGGCAUGUACCAACAUCCAGAAGAUGACUUGCUUACAUGCAAAAUCAGCUCCACCAGUAGAGCAUAAUAUCCCUUCUCCAUCUCUCUUUCUCCUGCCCUCCGAAAAAAAAUAUUUUUAAAUGUUUUGCAUUAUGCACAUAACAGUCUGGUUAAAAAGCUGCAGUUCCACUGAUCAGCUGUUUGACAAGGUUUAGUGAUUUGAUUAUAGUCAGACUGACUCACUCCCUGCUGAUCAGAAGGCUUUUGCCCUUAUCAAGUGCUGUGUGCGAGAGAGAGACCAACAAGCUUGGGUUGGGCUAGGAAGCUGUGCACACAGUACCAUCUGCAGUGUACCCAGUUCCUGAUUUAGCACCUGUAGCCCCUAGUUGGGUUGGGGUAUCUGCUGAAUGCUGUCCCCCCUCUGCACAUUUGACCCCCAAGCUUCUAGCCUGUGAUGUGGAAGUCGGGCUGGCUGGCUGGCUUCAUUGGAAAACUGUCUUGAGGUAUGAGCAAUUGUGGCCAUUAAUCACCUGUCUAAGGUGUCUCUUCAGUUUAGUGUCUUGUCAGAAUGGACAAGACUUCCUUCCCUUAUCUCAUCACAUGUCCAAUUUGUGGCCUGACUCUUUGUACCAGAUCACAAGACUUUAUCAAGGUGACUUUUUUAUUGAUCUUUACCUAUGUCUAAUAGUCAACUACAUUCCAGAUGUACCAAAUUUUGCUAAUUAACUGAAAGUUGGAUAAAUAUAUUUUGCAACAGUUACUAGGGAAGAUGUUUAACUUUUGAGACGUAUUAUAUCUGAACAAAGGCCCUCUCCUUACAGAUGUUUUUUUAAUUGUGCGUUUUUGUAGCUUUUGGUCCUUUUGAUGUUACAGAACUUUGCCUUUACAAGUAGCUACCUAUAAAGUGUCCAUACCAAAUGGAAUAGAAUGAAUGGCUUUAAGACUAUAGUAGGUUAUGUCAUAAGGUUAAUUCUAGGCUAACAGUGCCUGGAUGACUACCCCGUUAGUACCAUAAAUGAAAGAGACUGGGUAGGAAAGAAGCACCAUUGUACUUAAUGGAACUUGACUCUUAAGUAAGCGUGUUUAGCAGGAUAGCCUGAAUUUUGGGGUGCCGAGUCUGUGGUAUUUUUAAUUGGGCAAAAUGCUGUGAGUGCUAUAGUCAGAAAUCGGAGGGAAAUGUGGAAGGGGAUAUGUAAGCAAUGCACUGUCUUUGAUCUCAUAGUUAUGGUGGAGUUGUAGUCAUGAGGUUCAUUGAGAAGUCCGUUGUGUGGAGGAAGAAGGGAGUGGCUCCCCGUGUUCCUUGAUGCCGCGGUGCAACACGGCAACAUGGAAGAGGCAACUGCCAACUUGGUGUGGUCUGGUAGUAGGCAGGGAACAGGCAUUAAAACCUUCACAAAACCCCAAGAGAUAAAUUGCAGGUUCUCCCUUGACAUGACACUAAGACCAUGAUUCCAGAAAUCCAGGCUCAGCGGUUGCUUUAAAGGGCUAUGAAUGGCCUUGCUGCCAGUUUUCAGGCCAACCCCCAUAUCACCUUCUCCACUCAGUUGAAAAGGGGGCAUGCAGGAGAUGGGCACAGCCUAAUGGGGCUGUGCUUUAUAAACACAGGUACCUUUUUAAGGAGGUUUUUUUUAAGUGUAGGAAAUGAUAGAUGCUUAUUUUUGUAUAGUUUUUCUCCAUAGCAACAGGCAAAAUGCAUUGCUAAGGGGUCUGCAGUUAUUAAACAAUUUUUUUGUUUUAGAAAAAGUUGAUGUAUGGAAUUGAUAACGGUCCAGGUAGAAAUCAAUGCCUUUUAGCUACUGCAGAGUGGAAGUUGACUAUUACGUAACUUAUCAUGGAAGUGCAAUUAUAUAUAACCCUUUGUGCAGGUCAUGAACCAAAGAGAUGCCACUGAAAAGUGUGUGUUUCGCAAUGGUAUUUCAAUACAGCUUGUUGUUGUGGGUUCUCGCCUUAGUUUUGGCUGUCAGAUCUCCAAAGAAAAAGGUGUAUAUUAAAGCCAAAUAGGUCUAACCUCUUUAUUUAAAGAAAGGAUGAAACUGUUAAUCGGAAAAGAGAGGUUAAUGACUACUGCAGCAGGCGGAACCCCUCUGGAACUCGGAAGGGGGAAAUAACCCCCUUUUCUCUUUUGGAAUGGAAUCUAAAGCCUUGAUGCCUAAUGCAAUGCCUUACUUGAGUAAAGUAGAGCUGACAGGAAUGCAUACCAGAAACCCUGUCAGUGGUGUGAAUGUGAAGUAAAUCAAGCUUCAUUAAAAAAAACCCAACCUUUUGGUGUGGAACUUGUCACUUUCUAA